CUGAGGUGGAACGGCGAGAUAAUGCUGGUUGUGCCGAUGCAGUGACUGGUCAUCGCAAUCACCAUUUGGCCAUCUGGUGAGAUUAUCUCUGUGGUUGGGGGCAGCUAAAUGAGACUAGUCAUACUAAAAAUAGUUUCAGUUGUAGGAAUCUGACUUACCUGUUGACCUCAAAUGAUAUCUGUUCCGAAAUACCCACCCAUUAAUUAGUGGGUCUGUGCACUAUUUCGCGGUAGGCAUCUAGUAUGAUCUAGUGUAGACAGUGCACAAUGUUGUAGCCUAUGAGCGACGAGGAGGACAUCGGAGAGGAUGACCGAAGGAUCUUGCGAUCAGCUAGAGGCCCGAGAGCUCACGUGUCCCUAGGACCGGAGGGUGAUAGGAUUUUAUUCCGUCGGCUUAGGGAGAGACAGCAGGAGCAGAGGAGGGCUAGAGCAGCCGAGGCGAGCAGAACUUUAGUUAGCGAGGCCGGUGCUACAGCAGCCAUGGCCACUGCAGCCAUGGUCACUUCUGCGCAGCAGACUUCCCAAGCCGGUAGUUCAGGUGCCGUCGGGUCAACGGUCGCGCAGACCGUGAGUCAGUCCACUGGCAUUAUGGCAAGCCAAGCCGCGGUGUUGACUCCAGAGGAUGUUGCCAUCCAGCAGGCAGCCCUGCAGGAGGCACAACUACAGUGGGCAUUAGGAGAGAUAAAAGCCGAAAAGGAAAAGAUGAUCAGAAGAAGAGUCAGGAUGCAGCGGAGAGGGGCAGAUAUAGAGGAGUUAGAAUUGAUGGACCUGACGCAUAUGGAUGCUGAUGUGAAGGUAGUGAGGAGGGCCCUGCUAGGCGUUAUAGAGAUGCAGAAGCAUCAAACUACAAUCCUUCAGGACAUUCAACAGAGCCUAGCCGUUUUGGCAGGCCAUGCUCAGGCAACACCAUCACCAGCCGGGCCUGGUGCCUGGCCCGUGUCAUAUCCUCCUUUUUCUGUCCCACCGGUGACAGGGGUAUACCCAUAUGUAGCCCCGUCAACGGUUGCUAUCGUUUCCCUGGGCAUGCCGCUGUCAGGAGGGGUAACAACAGGGAGUAGUUUGCAGGUUCCUGUACAGACAGUGUUUACUCCAAGUCCGUCGCAGGUUGCAGUCACUACGCAGCCUGAUGUCUCGCAGCCUGUGCAGCCUCAGGGCACGCAGCCCCAGCAGCUGGCACAGCAACCUGUGUCACCGGGUCCACAGCCUGGAGUGACGCAGGGACCGGGACAAACUCAGUGGGUUCCAAAGACGGCCAUCGCCGCUCCCAAACCUUUUACAGGGGACAAGAGAGGCGAGGACCUCGACACAUGGUUGAGGGCAGUGUCGGUCUACGUCAGGUGUAAACUCACCUUGCCGCAUGAAGAAGUGUUUGUGGCUGCUUCCUACCUAGAGGGUAGUGCAGCAAGAUGGUUGAGCGGUCUAGUCCAACUCCAGGGAUAUGGUCAUGACUUCCGCGCUUGGGCGGCCUCCCAGAAAUUGGAGGACUUCCUGAAGAUGGUGGAAGAGAGGUGGCAUGAUCCUCAGGAGGCCCAAAGGACCACUGAUGCGAUCCUGACACUGCACACGCGGCAGUUUAAGUCAGUAAGGGAAGCCACCGAUGCUGUUGAGCGUCUGAUCUGUGUCCCAGGGGUGCGCUAUGACCCCCAGGUCCUACUGACUUCGUACUUGAGAUGCUUUUCACAGCCUCUCAGGAACCAGUUCGCAAAAGAGGCCGAUAUCAACAUGCACAACUUUCCUUCGUUUAGCAAGGUGGCCCUAGACCUUGAGGCAAAGAUAGGGCAUGGAAAGGCACCCACUACGGAUGGGAGAAAGAAGACACUGCCUCCCAACUGGAAGGCGAAGGGUCGCAUCAUGUUUGUCGACAACGAUGGUUCAACCAUCGAGUUAGACGGCAACUUCCAGGAGGGAGUAGGUUCAGAGGCAGGUAGCGUAGAAGCUUCAGAGGGUGGAGUAGUCGCUGUCGUUUCUCAAAAAGAUGCCAGCCAAUAUGGCAUUGGCACCGUGCUCGCGCAGCAAGAGGGGCCAAAGUUGAGGCCAGUCGAGUACAUGUCGAAAAAGAUGCCGUCUCAGAAGUUGGCAAAGUCCACCUACGAGAAGGAACUCUACGCAGUGUAUAAGGCUCUGACCCAUUGGAGACACUAUCUCCUAGGGAGAUUAUUCAUCCUCAGGACUGAUCAUCAGACCCUGAGAUGGAUGAGAACUCAGCCCGUACUAUCUGACACUCUGAAGCGUUGGAUCGAAGUCAUUGAGCAAUAUGACUUCGACCCCCAAUAUCUCAAAGGGCAGUACAAUAAGGUGGCGGAUGCCUUGUCGCGUAGACCUGACUUUUCAGGAGCGCUGAUUACUGAGUUCGAUCUCACAGACAAUGUUACUCGCUCUUUGGUGGAUGCCUAUCGCGAGGAUCAGUUCAUGUCUGAGAUCAUACGCAGACUCCAGGCAAAGGGCAAGAAGACCUCUGCUGAGUUUGAGUUGGUCAAUGGAUUGCUGUUCGUUGACAAGGAUGGCAAUAAACGAUUGUGUGUCCCAAGUAGAGAGUCUUUGCGUAGUUUGUUUCUAGGCGAGUGUCAUGAUGCCACCGGCCAUUUUGGGUAUAAAAAGACCGCAGCCAACCUGCUGCAGCGGUUCUGGUGGCCCACGAUGAUGCGAGAUGCUCAGUUGUACGUAGAGACUUGUCAAGUUUGUCAACGGGACAAGCCACGUACUCAGGCUCCUCUUGGGCUUCUGAAGCCCCUUCCGAUUCCGGAACGGCCUGGUACCGCCCAGAGCCCAGCUAUGGCGCCAGGGAAGUUCGUCGCUUGCAGUGCCAGGUCAGCAGUGCCACGUCAGCAGUGCCACGUCCAGUCACAGUGCCACGUCAGCAGUGCCACGUCAGCAGUGCCACGUAAGCAACAGUGCCACGUCAACAAUGCCACAGUGCCACGUCAGCAGUGCCCCGCCACCAUGACGGGGGCAGCUCUGGGCAUGCCAGGCCAACUGGCCAACGAGUCUCUUGCCGACUACAACCAGCGGUUCCAGACUCAGCUCGCCCUGAUCGAGGCUGAGGAACAGCGCCAGCUGGCAGCCAAGGCUGCCCGCCUACAGGCUGAAGCAGCAGCAACAACCGAGAAGCAGCGGCUUCAGGCCGAAGCAGACGCAGAUACCGAGGCACGCCACAAGGAAGCCCUGCAUCUGCUACGGCGGCAUGAAGCCACUAGCAUCGAACGGCUCAAGUUUUGGCACUUUGAACCAUCUGAAGGGCAUGGCGACGCGACACCGGAAGAGCAGCACAGGGAAUUCAUGGCCAAACUCGUGACUCGGUUGGUUUACACUUCUUUGCCGCCAUCUACCGCCGGGGAGUCAACGUCAUGGUCAAGACUUGAAGAGCUCGACCCAUUGACAUUUGCGGACUUCCAAUGGAUGCCCCUUCCCCGGUCCGGUCGAUUGCCGAAACCGCGUUGCAACGUGCUCAUGGCACAAUUGCGGGAUUACUUGCACACUGCAGUACCAACUCCGUUGAUGGACGCCGGAGUAGAGGUUGUCGACCUUCACGCCUACAUUGCGAAGAUCGACCGCGAGUUCAAGAUGCAACGGUACGACGACAUCGACGCACCAUUGUUAUAUGUACGCAUUCAGAUCGGAGAGGCGACCUGCAGUGCUUUGAUCGAUUGCGGAGCAUCUCGCAACUCCAUGAGCCAGGACUUAAUGGUGCGUGCCGGCCUUGGCCCACACGUUUGGAGGAAGUCCCAGCCGACGCAAGUCACGUUGGCAGACGGUCACACGCACAAGUCAAUUGACCAGUGCAUUGAUGACGUCCCCGUGUACUUUGCCCCGCAUGCAAGCGAGGCGGUGUCCUUCGAUAUCUUGGACACCAAAUUCGACAUGAUCUUGAGCAUGUCAUGGCUGCGAAGCGAGGAUCACCCGGUGAACUUCUACCGCCGCACCGUUGACGUUCGUGAUCGGAACGGAGUACUAGUCCCAUGCACGGUAGCUCCUCCUCACCCUUCGAUCAGCUACCACGUGGUGUCCGCCGCAAGCAUGCGAGCUUCCAUCAUCAGAGACGACAUCGAGGAGAUGGAGAUGUGUUUUCUCCAUGCCCUUCCGCCCCAUGACGCUUCAUCGACGGACUCAUCUUCGGAUCCACGCAUCACCGAGCUUCUCGACGCCUACAGCGACGUGCUCGAAGUCCCGCACGGAGUAGUACCGGAUCGGCCCAUCCGCCACGAGAUCAUCCUCGAGGACGGGGCCGUACCUCCGCGCAGUUGCAUCUACCGAAUGAGCGAGGAAGAGUUAAGUGUACUACGGGCACAACUCGACGACCUUCUAGAGAAAGGCUGGAUACGGCCUACCUCAUUGCCAAACGGUGCUCCUGUUCUCUUCGUCCGGAAGAAGAACAAGGAUUUGCGGUUGUGGAUCGAUUAUCGCAAGCUCAACGCACAAACGAUCAUAAACAUUCGGAAGGAGGACCACUACAAGACCGCGUUUAAGACGCGAUAUGGGCAUUUCGAAUGGCUGGUUAUGCCAUUUGCCCUUACGAAUGCCCCGGCCACUUUCCAAGCGGCUAUGACAACGGAGUUCCGACACAUGCUGGAUCGAUUCGUUCUUAUCUACCUCGACGACAUCCUGGUGUACAACCGGAGUUUGGACGACAAUGUGGAACACCUGCGCACCGUUUUGGAGCGGCUACGACAAGCCAAGUACAAAGCCAACCGCGACAAAUGCGAAUUCACGUGGCAGAAGCUGGAGUACUUGGGACAUUAUGUGACGCCGCAUGGCAUCCGUUCGCUUGCGGACAAGAUCAAGGCCCUCCACGUAUGGCCCGAGCCCACCAACACCACGAACGUUCGUUCAUUCAUGGGGUUGGCGGGCCACUAUGAGCGAUUCAUCACUGGAUACUCAAGGAGUGCUGCACCUAUGACGAGAUUACAAUCGCCAAAGGUGCCAUUCGUAUUCGAUGACGACGCACGCCGGUCAUUCCAAGCACUUAAGACGGCCAUGCUCAUGGCACCCGUCCUUAGCAUCUAUGACCCCACCUUGCCUACGAGAGUGACAACUGACGCUUCCGGCUAUGGCAUUGGGGCAGUCUUGGAACAACAUGAUGGCGACGACUGGCACCUUGUGAACGAAGUGUGGUCAGAUGCAUCGCGUACCUUUUUAGGUGCCAGUACGACACCACGCCCUGAUCCUCCUCCCCCGGAGCCUUCCGUGCCCACACCAUCUCCUACUAUUACUGUCACCUCGCCUCGGCAGUUCGCUCACUUCAUCCGACAGGACGACAUCACCUUCUUUACGGUGAAUGGUACGGAUCUCUUGCACUAUGAUCCACCCUGUCCCGACGCUGAGCUCAUCUCUCUGGAGCCAGAUCCUCCUUCCAUCUCCAUGCCUCCCAUCUCUGCUUCCCUCCCUCCGCUGUCCGUCGAGUCCACCCCAUCGUCGCUUGCCGACAUUGACGCUAAAGAACUCGCACGCUAUACGGCCGACCUGGAGCCCGCAGUUCGUGACCUCAUUCGAGAGUACCACGACAUUUUCCCAUCGCCGUUCUCGUACGCUGGCAUCCCACCGAUGCGAGACGUUGAGCACGCCAUCCAACUUGUGCGUAACUAUCGUGUUCACCACCAGACACCCUACAGACUCUCGAUCCCCGAGGCCACCGAACUCAAGCGCCAGCUUGAGGAGCUCUUGAGACUGGGUUCCAUUAAACCCAGCAACUCCCCGUGGGGUGCACCCGUCCUCUUUGCUCGCAAAGCGGAUGAAACUCUCCGUCUCUGCAUCGAUUAUCACGGUCUCAACCGCUACACGGUUAAGAACAACUACCCCAUGCCUCGUUCCGACGAGUUGUUCAACCGCCUAGCAGGUGCAAUCAGACUCGACCUAUCCGAAUUUAGUUUCACCACUGAGCACAUCAAGGGUGAGACCAAUCGAGUUGCAGAUGCCUUAUCUCGACACCCUAACCAUGAUCAGCAGCAGAUCCAACUCGCUGCCAUCUCGGUCACCACCGUCCACCCCUUGGUGACCGACGAGUUUCGCACUCAUUAUCGCCAUUGCCCUGACUAUCGCGACAUCCAUGCGACCCUUCGGAGUGGCAAGACCAUCCCGAACUACUAUCUCGGGGACAACGGUCUUGUGUACUGGUACGGUUCACAGGGCAUCAGAGAGCCCCCCAUUUGUGUUCCCUCCACUAGACAGCUACGUGUCCAGGCAGUAACAGAGUUCCAUGACCAGGCAGCUGCCGGUCAUAUGGGCUUCCACAAGAUGUUGGCUCGUGUGAGCCGCCUGUUCGUCUGGCCAAAGCGCAAGGACUUUGUGAAGGACUACGUCGCGGAGUGUCCCAUCUGUCAGGAGGUGAACAAUGCGAGUUAUUUGCCUUAUGGUUUGCUCCAGCCUCGUUCUAUCCCUGAGGGUCGUUGGCAGUCCAUGUCGAUCGACUUUAUCGGUCCUCUUCGUCCUCCUACCCCCCGCAGUCAUGAUGUUAUCCUGGUCCUCGUCGACUGCUUCACGAAGCGCGCACGCUUUGUUCUGUGCCGCUAUGCCAUUGGUGCACGUGAGGUCGCUGGCAUCGAGUUUGACCGGGUCACGCGUGACCACGGCUUACCCCCUUGAGCAUCAUAUCUGACCGUGACCCGCGUUUUACCAGCCAAUUAUGGCGACAACUCCACGAG